AGUCGCGUAGACGGUUUGAAUGGUCGGUACUCGCGCGUUUACUCGCGCGUUUACUCGCGCCUCGCAUUCGAACCGUUCGAGGCGCCACCGUUCGAUUCUUUCGUUGCUACCCUUUCUCUCCUUUUCGUUCGCAUACUCGUUUAUUCGACGAACCUGUGCCUUUUCUCGCCGGUACCAGGAUAUACACCUACCACGUAUAUUCGUCGAGCAAACGAUAGAAUCGAAACGUUUCGUUAGCCGUUCGAAAUGUUUCUCGCGGUUCGUCGGUCGGCGGCGCGAAGCGCGGACUUGAACGGUUCGAAAUGAAAAUUCGGCUAAUUUUCAUUGUUUCGUUGCAACGGACGGUUCGUCGGUCCUAUAUUCGUUUACUCGCGCGCAGUACGCGAACGUUGCUCCAGUAGCGCGAGUCGAAAAGUUGCCCGAUUGGACUCGGCUGCAUAAAUGCACGUACAUACGUACGGAUUCGGGGUUCGUGUCGAUACUCGUCGGAUGAUGCAAAGAAGUGCGGUCUAGUGUCCAUUCGUUUCAGUGUUCACGUUGCUAACGCACGUGAGAGCUCCUCGUGGUAACCAGAGAUAAAACGGAGGAAAGACAAAGGUUCCUUUUGCCGGUAGCGUUCGUUUACGAUCAGAUCGAAUUAUGUCGUGGCUUUUCGGAUACCGUAAUUCCCAACCUCAAGACUUUUCGCAAUUCGUGCAAGUGCCGGCAUCGGCGAAUCCUCCUGGCGAUGGCGACGGCUCCCGCGUACCGAUCGGAAAGUCUCAAAUGGAUGCUUACCGAUUCGAUUCGAGUGCUUUGGAAAGAGCAGCUGCAGCCGCUAAAGAGCUCGAAAGAUCGAAACAUGCCAAAGAAGCGCUGGAACUGUCCAAAUUACAAGAAGCAACCAAGCAGGUCGAAAUGCAAACCGAAUUGAAGAAAUACGAGGCUAGCAUAGAACAGCUGAGAACGGAUCAGAAGCGAAUCGAGGGAGAGGAGAGGAGGAAAACUCUACAAGAGGAAACCAGGCAACACGAGAUGCGAGCUCAGUACCAAGAUCAGCUGGCGAGAAGACGAUACGACGAUCAGCUGAUACAGCAACAGAGGAUGAACGACGAAAAUCUAAGGAGGCAAGAGGAAUCGGUAGCCAAACAAGAAGCGAUGAGGAAAGCUACCAUAGAACACGAAAUGGAUUUGAGACACAAAAAUGAAAUGAGGAAAUUGGACGCCGAAUUGAAGGCCAAAGCAAAAAUUGACAGAGAGAAUCAAGAUUUGAAUCUGGAACAGAUCAGAUUGAAGGCAUCCGAGAAAAGAAUCACCGUCUUGGAAUCUAUAAAGACUGCCGGUUCGGUAUUAGGUUCGGGCGCUACGGCUCUUCUACAGGACUGGGACAAGAUUCUAGCUGCCGCUGGCGGCUUGUCUUUGCUGGCGUUUGGCGUGUAUACCGCGAAAGGAUCGACGAGCGUGGCAGCAAAGUACAUCGAGUCGCGCCUGGGGAAACCAUCGUUGGUUCGAGAAACUUCCAGAUUCACGAUACUAGACACGUUACGACAUCCUGUCGAGGCAGCGAAGAAACUCAAAACUAAGCAGACGGACGCGCUAUCCGGCGUCGUGUUGGCUCCGAAACUCGAGGAAAGGUUGCGCGACAUCGCUAUAGCUACGAAAAAUACCAAACGAAAUCGCGGAAUGUAUCGAAAUAUUCUAAUGCACGGCCCACCCGGAACCGGUAAAACUAUGUUCGCAAAGAAAUUGGCGGAACACUCCGGCAUGGACUAUGCGAUCGUAACUGGCGGGGACCUGGCACCGUUGGGUCGAGACGGUGUCACUGCGAUUCACAAAGUUUUCGAUUGGGCCGUAACCUCUAGAAGAGGUCUGCUGCUUUUCAUCGACGAGGCUGACGCGUUCUUGAGGAAACGUUCCAGCGAACAUAUUUCGGAGGACCUGAGAGCGAUGCUGAACGCGUUUCUCUAUAGGACUGGGGAGCAGAGCAACAAAUUCAUGUUGGUUCUCGCUUCGAAUACUCCCGAGCAAUUCGAUUGGGCUGUCAACGACAGACUGGAUGAAAUGGUAGAAUUCCGUUUGCCAGGGCGGGAAGAGCGCGAACGUCUGGUUCGUCUCUACUUUGAUAAAUUUGUUCUUCAACCGGCAAUCGAGGGCAACAAAAGGCUGAAACUGGCGCAGUUCGACUAUGGCGCGCUUUGCACUAGAUUAGCCGGGAUGACCGAAGGGAUGUCUGGAAGGGAGUUGGCGAAACUGGGAGUUGCGUGGCAAGCGGCAGCGUACGCUUCCGAGGAUGGAGUACUCACCGAACAAAUGGUCAUAGAUAGGUGUACAGAAGCUAUCAUGCAACACAAGCAAAAGGUUCAAUGGCAAAGCGAACAAGAAAGACAAGAAGCAAAAUCAAUUUAUGCCACGGAAAAGGAUGCUGUGCAAAUGGAAAGGUCCAACAUUGCGAUCGAACCCGCACCAGGACCUUCAGUUGCAACCGCCUAAUCGACAUAGUCGCGUGAAUAAUUGCAAACCAUAUUUUACUAAAAAACCAAUUAGUACUAAGUGCAAGUGAAAAAGGUACAAAUGAUGCUGUUGAGAAAACGAAUUUAAUUGCACAGUUCUCGUCGCCUAAGCGAAACUCUAGUGUAUAAAUGCUGUAAAGGAAUAGCGCAUUUAUUAGAAAUGUCAACAUUUCUAGGUUGAUUAAACUUUCAAUUACAUCCCUCCCCUCCUCCCCGCCCCUAUUGUCCGGGUGCGUGUGCGCGCGUGUGUUUUAUCGUAAAUGUAUACAUGUACAAGCCUUCAAUUAUAGCCUGAUCGAAAUAAAAGAUAAAAACAUUAAGAAUUUCGGAUUAAACUUCCAAGGGACAGGAGGCUUGCAAGUACCAUUUUAUUUCUCGUUCUCUCGUAGAUGUGCUGCGAAUCCGACAAAAUAUACAAAUUUUAACGACAGAUUGUAAGCUGCAAAGUUCCAAGCUAAUCGAGACAUCAGUUGUAAUUACUGGAUGAUUUUAUUAUUUCUAUAUAGUCGUACGCGAACGAAUACUGAAGCGAUUGUAUAGUAUUUCAGACUUACUGUAUUCUGAAAAGGUUCA